UGUAGAAGUUCGCCCUGCUGGAUACUGGCGUUACUCUUUAGCCUCUGUGCUGUCAGUCAGUGUGCAGAAACAGGGAAUAACAUCUCAUAGGAAUGUCUUUGUCUUUUGAGGGAAGAGUGGUUCUUGUCACCGGGGCCGGAGGAGGCCUUGGCAGAGAAUAUGCACUGGCUUUUGCUGAAAGAGGUGCCUCAGUUAUAGUGAAUGACCUUGGGGCAGACACUAAAGGGGGCGGAAAGAGUUCUGCGGCUGCUGAUAAGGUGGUGGAGGAGAUAAGAGCGAAAGGAGGCAAGGCUGUGGCAAACUAUGAUUCUGUAGAAGAUGGAGAGAAAUUGAUCCAAACAGCACUUGAUACAUUUGGAAGAAUUGAUGUUGUUGUAAACAAUGCUGGGAUUCUUCGUGACCGAUCGUUUGCCAGGACGAGUGAUUUGGACUGGGACCUGAUUCAGAGAGUUCACUUGAGAGGAUCCUUCUUGGUGACUCGAGCUGCCUGGAAUCACAUGAAAAACCAAAAGUUUGGCAGAAUCAUCAUGACAGCUUCAGCAGCAGGCAUCUAUGGUAACUUCGGCCAGGCCAACUACAGUGCUGCCAAGCUGGGCAUGCUGGGCCUUUCAAACACCUUGGCCAUUGAGGGACGGAAGUACAACAUCCACUCCAACACUAUUGCUCCCGUAGCUGGGUCACGCCUCACAGAGACUGUCAUGCCCCCAGACCUAGUGGCAUCCCUGAAGCCUGAGUAUGUUGCUCCUUUGGUCCUCUGGCUCUGUCAUGAACAAUGCCAAGAAAAUGGAGGACUCUUUGAGGUCGGUGCUGGCUGGAUUGGUAAAUUGCGCUGGGAGCGUUCUCAGGGCCACACUGUGAGACAAAAGAACAAACCCAUGACUCCUGAGGCAGUCAAGGACCAGUGGGACAAAAUCUGUGACUUUACAGACGCCACCAAGCCCACCACUGUACAAGAGUCUCUCCAGUCUGUUGUGAGUGUGCUGUCUCGAGUGGAGUCUGAAGGAGAGGUUGGUGCCAAUCCAACAGCUGGUGCAGCAUCUGCAGCGUCCACUUCAGGGAUCAAUCCUGCCGAAGCAGUGGGACAAAAAAUACCACCAACCACAUUCACCUUCAACCAUGUCCAGUGUGUCCUCUAUGCUUUGGGGGUUGGCAUGUCAACACGAGAUCCAGACCACCUCAGGUUCCUGUAUGAAGGACAUCCAGACUUUGGCUGCCUCCCUACUUUUGGGGUCAUUCCCUCUCAGGCCGCUAUGAUGGAGGGCGGGCUAAGCUCAGUCCCUGGACUCAACAUUGAUAUGACAAGGGUUUUGCAUGGAGAGCAGUAUCUGGAGCAGUACAAGCCUUUACCAACCUCAGGUAAACUCAUCUCUGAGGCCACCAUAGCAGACGUGUUGGAUAAAGGCUCAGGAGCCCUCAUCCUCCUCGAUGUAAACACCUACAAUGGUGACGAGCUGGUGUGUUUCAACCAGUUUUCAGUGUUUGUUGUCGGUGCUGGAGGGUUCGGAGGGAAGAGGACAUCGGAGAAGGCCAAAGCCACUCUUCCUCCACCUAAUCGAGCACCAGAUGCUGUGGUGAUUGAUUCCACCACAAGAGACCAAGCAGCCUUGUACCGUCUGAGCGGAGACUGGAACCCUCUUCAUAUUGACCCUGCUUUUGCUGCCAUGGGAGGCUUCAAGGCUCCCAUCCUGCACGGCUUGUGCUCUUUUGGCUUCGCUGCGAGACAUGUCCUUAAGCAGUAUGCAGACAACGACCCCACCAGAUUCAAGGCUAUCAAGGUUCGUUUUGUGAAGCCAGUGAUGCCAGGCCAGUCUCUGCAGACUGAGAUGUGGAAGGAAGGCAACAGAAUUCACAUUCAGUGCAAAGUAAAGGAGACGGAUGCUGUCGUGCUCUCUGGAGCCUACGUGGAUUUACACGGCUCAUCUGAAGCCUCUCCAGAAAAUCUCCCUCAACAGGGAGGAGGCCUUCAGAGUGAUCUGGUGUUUGCAGAGAUCGGACGUCGUAUCAAAGAUUUGGGCCCUGAGUUGGUGAAGAAGGUGAAUGCAGUGUUCGGCUGGGAGAUCACAAAAGAUGGCAAGAGCUCUGCACAGUGGACUAUUGAUCUGAAGAAUGGCACAGGCUCUUUGCACGAAGGCCCUUACAGCGGAAAGGCGGAUGUGACCUUGACAGUGUCGGACGAAGACUUCAUGGAGGUCGUGCAGGGGAAACUCAACCCUCAGAAGGCGUUCUUCGCUGGAAAGCUGAAGGUUAGAGGCAACAUUAUGCUGAGUCAGAAGCUGGAGGUCAUCCUAAAGGACUACGCCAAGCUGUGAGCGCCACACACGACCAAUCAGACAACUCCAGGAACCCACCAGCUCUGUUUCUCUCUCUCCAUCUGUCUCCUUCUCUCAUUCUGAUCUGAGUGUACUGAAAACAUCCUACAUGGUUUUCCUCUCAAGGGAGAUGCAUUAAGAAAUGACCCAGAAACAUUCCUGCUACUUAGGAGGAAUUCUGUCACUUCAAUAAACUUUCACUGUAGUCAAAGAUGGUGCAAAGACUCCUAAAUAAGGUGUCUUCAUUGUAGCACACAGAUCAAGCUGUGCUUGUACAAGAAGGAGAAAUUAAAGUUAAAAAAACAGACUGGGGAAGAAGCAUUGAUAUCGUCUCAGCUGGUUAAAGUUCACUUUGUCCUUUUGGUCCAUUCAAGCUUAGUGUGCACUUCAAACACACACCUUCAGAGUUUUAAAAUUUUAGAUUAACCUUUGCUUUUUUAUAGAUUUAAGUCAGUUUAAUUCAAAAGUGGUUAAUUUUUGAUUCUUUAGGGAAUAAAUGAUACGAUAUGAAUUAGCAAGAGUUCAGCCUUAUGGUGCAUUUCUAUAUGUUGUACCAGCUUAAUCAUCAUAGCAUAGCUGUGCCAAACUGUCGAGGCAGCAUUGUACCAGGAUUUCAGCCUGCAGCUUUGUCACAGCAAGGAGACGAGUUUUAAUCCAGAGACAGUUGUAACUAGCAGAACACAUUUUUUUUUAAUGUACUAAAGUUUGGUAAGACAUACAGCGGUAUGAGACUGGUGAUUAGAGAGGUUUGACUCCUGCAUCCAACAUCCCUCUCAUAAUGCUCCGAGUGACGACACACUCUGAGUAGGCUGUCAGUCAACUACAAAAUUUUAUCUAAUUAAUUACAGGCUCUGUAAUUAAUUGAUUGCAAUUCAUUACAUGUCAAUAGUUUUAGAAAGAUAGCAUUACUGGUGGAUUUAAUAAUGAUAGUAACAAUACAGUCCAAAAAGACAUAUUUCUGAAUGGCUUCAAAACAUUUUAUUUGCUUCUGAAACAGAAGUUGAAGUUAAUCUGUGGAAUACAGAUUUUAUCCAUGAAAUUAUAAAAAUUAAGAGCACAGAGAAUUUUUAUGUGUUCCAAACAAAGUUACAAAGCUACUUUAACUGGUUGUCUGAUUGCCUGGUAGUGUGACUAAUCAGCAUACAUGUGAUUAAUUAAUCCAAAAAUGUUGACAGCAUUACAACUUAGUGUUAGGUCAGUUCUUGGAGCCUUGCCUUACUAAAGUCAGAACAGGUACAAUCUCUAAUCGAAAAAGAAACAAAAGAGUUGGGAACGAGUCAAACCAGCACAACAUAUUGGAAAGCACUAUAUCUCUGAGUUCAAGAGAAAGUAAUGGCAAUCUUAAUCAGCUGGGCUAAUAUCAAAUUGAGUGGUAAAUUUAAUUAUGACUAAUUCAUGGUUUUGUUAAGACUGAAACACUUUAUUGUAUAUAAUACUGAUAUUCUGGCAUUUUGAGCGAUGUAGAGGAUGCAAAUAAUAAAAAAUCAUUAUGAACUUUUAAUUACAUUGUAAUGAAAUGUAACAUAACUCUUCUGUAAAAAAAAAAAAAAUCUCUGUUUGAAACAUACUAAAGCUCUUCUUGGCUUUAUGAAGCUGUAAAGCAAUCGACAGACUUAACAGGACAAACUGGAGAAGAUGGUGGAGCUUUUAUAAACUAAAGAGUCAGAGAAAG